CAAUACCGGCCACCAGGUAUUGGGCACCGCCGACCGGUAGGCACCGCAGCACCACCAACCCCGGGCACCAAACCAACCCAGGGCAGUGGGCAUGCUGCCGGCCCCAACACGGCACAGCACUGGACACCCACCCUCCUCAAGCCAACAAUCUACACUCAAUGCAAAGGUGGAAAAAUCAUUGAGUCAAACAGGUCAAGACUGAGGUAAUCCCAUAGCUGAGUUUGCAGAAUAGCAGACCAAGAUGCUGGGAUCUUGAUGCCCCGCAAAAAGAAAACUAUCAGAUCCAAGAAGCCACCCCUGCUGUUUGUGGAGAGCCCACUGAAGAGGGAACAGUACAAGCAAGUCCUGUCUGUACCAUCUACAACAAUCCCUCGGCAAGUUUCCUGUAUACCUGUUGACCAGAUAUCUGCGCACGCAUGGGUGUUGUCAGAGUUUCAGACCACAACGGCUCGAGGAUCAAGACGAGAACAAAAAUCUGAUGGAGCAAAACAACGUUGCAGCUACAACAAACCGCGCGCUCCAUCUAAAACAGGGUCUGUGAAAAAACUGCAGGUGAACUUUGUCCCUUUGACCUUCGUGGGCAGUGGAGGGAUACCUGUUCAGAAGGAGAACCGCAAUGUUCGGCUUAACACCAGUCAGCAUAUUCCAAACCGUGGACAAGCCAUAUUCCAAGCAAAUAAAUCCUCUCUCGCGGGAAGUGACAAACGAGGAUGUGGAGUUGACACUUUUGGCAAAGCUCAGAAUUCAGAGACAUUGGACAAGCAGAAAUGCAGAGAAAGAUUUGCAGCAAAGCGACGCUUGGUUGGCAAAAGUACAGUUCGAAAUACAGCGGAGAAGAUCUCUAGGCUCUGCCCUCCGAUGAAUGAUAUCAACGAUCAGGCGGAUGCGGACUCGGACGAAACGGAGAUCUCUUUCUCGGAGAACCUCUCUCGCUCAAUCGAUGAGGCAUUUACCCUGCCACAAGUUAGCACUCCCACUGUUGGUGGCUUAUCCUCGCCAGCCAUCUUCAAGAAAAAUAUUUGCAGUAGAUUAAGAAGUAGUGGAUUGAAUAAACACAAAGCACCUCCUGGACUGUUCGACUGCUUAGACAAGAGUUCUGGUCGAAAGGAUGACUUUUCUGAAGAUGUUUUGGUCCAGGACACGCCAGAACGUGAAUAUGGUCGCAAAAGGACUUGGCAAAGGCGACCACAUAUCAUGCAGUACUUGAUGGAUCACGGAAAAUUGAACACCACUGAUGUGUUUGUUGGCUCUUGAACUUGCGUUUUGUUAUGAAGAUUGUAAUCUAUGCUUUUAAACGUCACCAUUGAUAUUGUGAUUGUCAGUUUACCUGGAUUUUGGUGUAGGUAAGAAUAAAUAACAGCAUUGCCCUUUAAGCGAUAACCAUGAACAUUGCAGGUAGACAAAAAUGCUGGAGAAACUCAACGGGUGAGGCAG